CUGAAGAGGGCGAGCGGCUCGACAACGACAUCGAUGCAGUAAAAAAAAAAUUACUUCUAUCUGUCAGACGACUCGCUCCCUUUGCCAGAUUGGGUUACAACUCAUUCAUCCUCAAUCAAGAACAACAAAAAAUGCUUCUAGUGUCGUCAAGUCUUGCUACAGGAAGUUCAUCUUCGUCAUGCUCACGUGCGCUGCUGCAUCAAUCUACGAUUCGAACGAGGUUCUUUGGGACAUGGAAUCAUCCUCCGUUACCACCAUCGCGCAGUCCCAAGUACAGUGGUGCCCAUAUACAUCCCGACUACGUUGAAGGACAUCCACAGCCGUCGCAUAGGAGAUUGAAGGCGGUACUUCAGAGUCUUUGAAACUACUCAGUGUCAGUGCAAUAUGCAGUCGCUGUGGUAGUCGAGGUGGAACUGCUUAUAUCGAUUCUGUGUGAAGAAAUUUUGAUAUAUUUAAGAUUCUGUGAAGAAAUGAUAUUCACGUUAAUAAAGCUUUGCUGAUGUCAUGCGAUCACGAUCUUCGAUACAUCUUAAUUGCGCUACUACAACAACAAUUAAAUAACCCGAGGAUCAUUUACAUACUAUCACCGCCACAGCCUCGCAAACUCCCAAACCGGCGAAAUCGUAUCCACACCGGGGAUUGGACCCUAGCCGCAAAGUCUGAUGGCACUAUGCAUUGGACGCCACCUUACCCACCUAGACCGAAUCGGUGUGCAGAACCGUGGCCAAAGUUGCAUAAACAGAACAUAUACUCCAAGGGGAAUCCGGAGUUUUUCCCCCUUCGCUACAAAAACAUCGAAUACCUAGCAAAAUGGCAGUUACAGAGGAAGCCGCAUGGCAAAACGCCAUACGCGAUGCAUGUGGUUGCGAGAGUGGAUCGCGAUGCCUUGAGGAAGAAGGUCGAACGCGGAAGUGGUGGUGUUAUGAAUGACAAACAUUUGCUGUCACUAUUUUAGAGCUAUAAUUUUCAUCUUGAUUCAGAGGAGUUGGAGUACUAGGUCUAAAAGUAUAAUUAUGACAUCAUCUACUUCGUCAUUGUCUUGGUCAUUGGGUUUCAUAUCCAAGUGGAUGGCCUAUCAAAAAAAUCACCUCCAUCUACAUGAUCAUUUUCUAACACCAACCUCGGAGCAUCCAAUCUGAUGAAUCCUGUGGCGGCCAAACGUGCUUAUGAGGAACAGAGGGCAGCAACGGCAGAGGAGAAAGCUCAGAAACUGAAGCGAGGCCGAAAAGCAAAGUCAGACUUCAUUGAUGGGUUUCAUGUUGUGCGAGGAUUAGCUUUUAUAACGACUAGAUUGUACAACAUUCACUGAGAAGAUCAUGGAACUGAGCUGCACGUCUACUUGGUCGUGGUAGUGUCUUUUAUCACGAUGACUUCUAUCAGAGGAAUUCCAACAAGACAUGUGUGUACUAGUAAGGAGUUGCAGCUGUUUCGCAUGCUGCAACCCGAGUAAGAGGUCGGCGGUUAAUAUGUUUUCAGUUUGAGAGGAGUAGAGCAUGUGAGAAGCUCCUUGUGAGGUGACAACAUUUUCACUGAGA